UCUAAGGCGCUGGAUUAAGGCUCCAGUCUCUUCGGGGGCGUGGGUUCGAAUCCCACCGCUGCCAUUAGCUUUUUAUUUUAUUUGGGGCCAUAGCUCUGCAUUUUGUUCUGCUACCAUUCACCAGGUGAUGUAGAAAUAGCUCAACGAUUCAAGCGUCGACCGUGAAACCACUCCGUGUAUAGUUCUGGCUGACUGAAACACCCCCCCUCCCCAACCCCACGUGUCUAGUGCGCUAGCUGCUCAACAUGGAACCUCCAGCCCAACGGUUAACUUGAGCUGCGCUGCUCCUCUGCGAGCUCCACACACCCAGACGCUUCUUCGCACUAAUGUAACGGUUGGCACUAAACUGCGACGUGUGCAGGUGGGCUCUCUCAGGAUCGUCCGCUGGUCCUUUCUGGCGACAUCUUUUGGCCCCUGGCUCUGAUCACAUCAAUAUGGCUAGUGGCGAUGAGGACGACCCCAUUAUAGAGGAGAUUGACGUAUACCUCUCCAAAAGUCUUGCAGAUAAACUCUACCUCCUCCAGUACCCUGUGCGACCGGGCACCAUGACCUACGAUGACGUCAACCACCUGUCGGCUAAGAUCAAACCCAAACAGCAGAGGCUGGAGCUGGAGAUGGCCAUGAACACAAUGAGUCCCAACUACUGUCGCAGUAAAGGAGAGCAGAUAGCUCUGAAUGUGGACGGGACGACCUACGAUGAAACGAACACCUACUCUGUAAAAAUGAUGGACAAACAGACGUUCUCCUCCAUGCAGGCCACCACCAACACCUCCAGAUAUGCGGCUGCUGUGUUUCGCAAAGGUGAGCUUCAUAUCACCCCUCUGACGGGAAUCCUGCAGAUGAGACCCAGCUUCUCUUACCUGGACAAAGCAGACAGUAAAACUAGGGAACGAGAGGCGGCUAAUGAAGGAGGAGAUUCUUCUCAGGAUGAAGCUGAGGAGGAAGCCAAAGCAAUUACAGUGAGGUUUGCCCGGCCCGAAUCUGAGCAGGCCCGGCAAAGGAGGAUCCAGUCCUACGAGUUCCUGCAGAAGAAGCAGGCGGAGGAGCCCUGGAUCCACCUGCAGUACCAUGCAGCUAAGGACAGCCGCUCGGAACAUGAAAGGCAGUACCUGUUCUGUCAGUCGGUGGACGCCUCGCAAAACUCAGAGCUGGUCAAGACUCCAAAGGAGUACUUGGCGAUGCUGAUGCCCCCGCUGGCGGAGGAGAAAUUUGCCAAGCCUGUUGGUCCCAGUAACGUGCUCUCCAUGGCUCAGCUCCGCACUCUGCCGCUGGGGGAGCAGGUCAAGACGCUGAUGAAGAACGUUAAGUUGAUGCCUUUUGCCAACCUGAUGGGACUUCUCGCCUCUGGUAGCGACCAGACGUCAGUGCUGCGGUGCAUCCAGCAGGUGGCACUGUUGGUGCAGGGCAACUGGGUUGUAAAGAGUGAUGUUCUGUAUCCUAAAAACACCUGCAGCGCUCACAGUGGCGUGCCUGCAGAAGUUCUCUGUCGAGGCAGAGACUUUGUGAUGUGGAGGUUCACGCAGGAGCGCUCGGUGAUGAGAAAGGAGAUUACCUCCAUCAUCAAGCUUCCCCCCGAGGACGUGAAGGAGUUCCUGGAGCAUGUGGCGACUCCUCGGGUCAACCGGGGCUGGGAGUUCCUGCUGCCCACAGACGUGGAGUUCAUCAAGAAGCACCCAGACGUCGCUCACAGACAGAACAUGCUGUGGCUCGGUAUCCAGAGCAAGUUAGAAAAAGUUUUCAACUUCUCUAAAGAAGACUUUAUGCCAAAGAGUUCCCCUCAGCCUGAGCCCGUUCACGUCAGCGGGGUGCAGCGACUAAAGCUCGCGCAGGAGCGAGCUCAGGAAAACCAGGCGUCGCUCAAAAGGAGCCUGGAGGCCAGACACGCAGACGGCAGCAUCCAGAUGACGCAGAAGCUUGACGGGGAGGAGGAGCCGAUGGACACGUCUUCCUCCGUCCCCAACGGUUCCGUCAACGGUUACCCCGGCGCCAACUCCCCCGGCGUGGAUCACGCCAACGGAGGGAGCCCCGCAAACGGCCCGUCCCCGGAGCUGCAGGAGUUUGUGACAAACACUUUCCGGAAGCACGCCGUGUUGACGCUGAACGAGCUGAAGAGACUCUUUAACCUCCACCUGGCUUCCAUGCCGGCGGGGCAGAACGUCUUCAGCUCCAUCUCGGACCACAUGCUGCAGGACGCCGUGCUGCUCUGCCAGUGCAAACAGAUAAUGGUGCCUUUUCCUGCUCAGAGCAAAGCAGCUCCUGACGAAAGGAAAGUCUUCGGCCUUUGGGAGAAAGGGGACGACUUUGACAAGCACCGCCGGCUCCUCUACGACCUGUUCACAAAGAACUACCGGAUCCGGAGGAGCGCGAUUCAAACCAAACUUGCUCAGGAGUUUGGCGACGUGUCUAAGGCCGAAGUCGAUCGGCUGCUUCAGGAGUGCUGCAUCUGCAAUGCAGGGUAUUGGUACCUUAAGGGAACGUUGCAGUCCUGACCCUGAGAACCUGCCUGCCUUCACUCACCGACAGAUAAUCAUCAAACCGUCUCCCGCGUAUCCGAUGGGAGGGCAGACGAAGACCCGCCAGCCAAUCACAGCAGGCCGUUCAGGCCUGGGGGCUGGGGAUUGGAGGGCAGAGACGUUCACUGCGCUCCCCUCCUCCGAAGAAACUUCAAAUUACUGUGAAGAAAUGGCAACUGCCUAAUGCAGCAGGAAACAUACGCCACCAAAACCAGAAAGACUGAGAAAAAACGGAUAAAUAAAUGCAAUGAAGAAAUGGUAAAAUAUAAAAAAAGCUGAAGGUUUUUUUGCCUUUAUGACUUUUUUUUUUAUACCUGGGAUUGUGUUAAAAUGUUAAUCAUUUCAAAGUAUUUUUAUUUUUGCUCCCUGUUUUGCCAGAUUAAGAUCACAUUAAGACCUUGUGAGGAAACCAGUUCCUAAGUUUAGGAUCCAUUAGGUGAACGCAUUUUUAAUAUGUCUGGCUUUGGGUUCGGAACGUCGUUAUAUUUAUUUCACCCUUAGUGCACAAGGGGAAAAGGUGUGAGCUGUAAGAAUGGACUAAAACAUAUAAACAAGGUUAUCACUCAACUCCUAAAGACAAAAGGGACACAUGAUGCAUAUCGAGUAAAUACUGUACUAAAUAGUAUUUUGGGAAUCGUGGACCUGAAAUCUCCAAUCUGUAAUGACUGAUCAACUUUAAGAGGAAAAAGUGGAUUACAUUGCUACAAAGCUAGCUUCCUGAGCAGAAUAUACAUUUUUCAAAUGUAUAUUUUUUGCCCUUGGGAGUGACGGGUUAUUUUCUGAACCGAACCAAUAAAGAUUCAAUUUGAAGUUAAA